GUUAGAAGAUCUCCAGGACCACAUUGAGACCUGUGUGGACGCCCCUCGCUACGGAAUUCAUGCCCCCCACGGGCUAGGAGCUUUGGACGAUCUCACACCACUGCGGUCUUGUGUGAAUGGGUUACCACAGGUGAUCCUCUUUGUUGAUGAGGCAGAGGGACAUCAUUCCCCGAAUCGAUACAUGCUCCACCAACCUACCAACACUCAUAGAUGCGGGGACCGUGGGGUGGGUCGGCAAGGUUGGGGAGGGCUACUGUUUCACAAGCUAUACCUACUUCGACAAAUCCGGUGGAACGCCCCAUGCAAUUAUCCAACUUGAAGUUCAAUAUUGUGCGAACGACACAGGCCUCACUCAUGGCGAAGUCUGUGGGCUCAUUAGUAAUAUGUGUCAGUGGUAUAGUCUCAGAGAAUUUCAACACCACGCAAUGUGUCCUAUGUUGGUAGUAUCCUUUAUAUGUCCUAAAGAUGCGAGAAUUAUCCAAGCUCAUCACGAUGGGGAAAAGUUGGUGUUGCAGUACUCCCCUCUUAUGAGCUUUGAAAAUAAAGAAACAGCACCGACGUCACUGUUUGUGCGUUACCUAGCUAGCAUGCCGAUUGGGCUUACCUCAAAUACUCUCUGUAUCAGGUAAGGUAGAAUGGAAGAGAGGCCUUUGGAGCUUAUUCCUGCUUCACUGAUCUAUCGAAUUGCUCCUGCCCAUUUUGCUUGCCAGUCUGAUGUUUCUUUCUUCUUGCUUUGCCCUAGGAUUCCCGGAAUGGAAGGUAGACAUCUAUUCGGCGACAUGUAUGUAGCUACGCACCUUCCUUCAGUUAGCAGUUUCCUG